CCCACUUUGAAUCCAUUAGAUCAACUUAUGAGCUCAUUUAAUUAAAUGUGCUACAUGAAACAUUAUUCCUUUUACGGAGGUUACACUUUUUAUUGCGUAGAGUUUUAAUUUCUGGAAGUGUGGACAUCUGAGCAGGCAGUAUUCUGCAUUGGUCCUUAAGUAAAGUUUAGCAGAAUUCAGCAAUCACUAAAUUCAUUUGCAAAGAGAAGGUUGCAUUUACUUGUAAGUCAAAGGUAAGAACAAAUAUUGAUUGAAUAACGGGACUAAACUAAUCAAUUUGUGAAAACAUCAGAGGAUCAAACCACACCGGCACUAUUUUAAAACAGGGGUGUCGAAGUCGCUUCCUAGACGGCUGCUGCGUCUGCGGGUAUUUGUGGUUGCAUUUCAAUCGGCAGCCAAUUACGACAUCGAGAACAAGAGCUGCUCCUGCCUGUGCUGAACAAAGAUAAUUACUCAGGAAAUGUUUCAGCCAAUCCGCUGCGGCUUUACAUCCUGCCUGUGAAAAGAGGCCACUCAGGGUCUGGCUUCCAUCAGACGGCCCGAUCAUCAAGCUGAACUGCCAAGCCCUUUCUGUCUCAGGACUGAGACUGUCCUCCAUGUUUUAUAAGUAUUGACAUAACACUGUGUUAGCCAUGCAUCCACAGAGUUUGGCUGAAGAAGAGAUAAGAACAGAAUCUGAUGUGGUAGAGGGGAUGGACAUUUCCACACGAUCCAAAGUUUCAGAUCCUGGAUCGGCAGAAAGGGCAGCUCAAAAACGAAAGCUGCCCAGCCCACCACACUCUUCCAAUGGGCAUUCCCCCUCUGAGACCUCACCCAGUCCUAUCAAAAAGAAAAAGAAACCUGGCUUAGUUAACAGUAAUAACAAAGAACAGUCAGAACUAAGACAUGGUCCCUUUUACUAUAUGAAGCAGCCACUCACCACAGACCCUGUUGAUGUUGUACCGCAGGAUGGACGGAAUGACUUCUAUUGCUGGGUGUGCCACCGAGAGGGUCAGGUUCUCUGCUGUGAGCUUUGCCCACGGGUGUACCACGCAAAGUGCCUGAAACUGGCAGCCGAGCCUGAGGGGGACUGGUUCUGUCCCGAGUGUGAGAAAAUAACAGUUGCGGAGUGCAUAGAAACUCAAAGCAAAGCAAUGACGAUGCUAACAAUAGACCAGCUGUCUUAUCUGCUUAAGUUUGCUCUCCAAAAGAUGAAACAGCCAGGGGACCAAGCACGCUCGUCUCUCUCCCCCCACGCAGCCGCCCAGCAGAGAAAACCUAUUAAUUGGACUGAGCCAUUUCAGAAACCUGUAUCUCUGGAACAACACCCAGAUUAUGCUGAGUACAUUUUCCAUCCAAUGGACCUCUGUACAUUAGAAAAGAACAUAAAAAAGAAAAUGUAUGGUUGUACAGAAGCUUUUCUAGCAGAUAUGAAAUGGAUCUUGCACAACUGCAUAAUAUACAAUGGAGGUAAUCACAAGCUUACAGCGACCGCUAAAGUCAUUGUAAAAAUCUGUGAACAUGAAAUGAAUGAAAUUGAAGUGUGUCCAGAGUGCUAUCUGUCAGCUUGCCAGAAGAGGGAAAACUGGUUUUGUGAACCAUGUAGCCACCCCCACCCUCUUGUGUGGGCUAAGCUGAAGGGGUUUCCAUUCUGGCCAGCAAAAGCACUGCGAGACAAAGAUGGACAAGUGGAUGCCCGGUUUUUUGGGCAGCAUGAUAGGGCUUGGGUCCCAAUAAACAACUGCUACCUCAUGUCUAAAGAGAUUCCUUUUUCUGUGAAAAAGACUAAAAGCAUAUUUAAUAGUGCCAUGCAAGAGAUGGAGGUCUAUGUGGAAAACAUUCGCAAGAAGUUUGGCGUUUUCAACUACGCUCCAUUCAGGACACCCUACACUCCCAAUAACCAGUUCCAAAUGCUGCUGGACCCCUCCAACCCCAGCGCAGGAACCGUCAAGCCUGAGAAACAGGAGAAGAUCAAGUUCAACUUCGACAUGACCGCCUCUCCCAAGCUGCUGCUCGGUAAGAGCAUGCUGCCGGGGGGGACGAGCCGAAGGAUCUCCCUGACGGACAUGCCCCGCUCUCCGAUGAGCACCAACUCCUCCGUUCACACGGGCUCGGACAUCGAGCAGGACGCGUCUGAGAAAAGCCUCCGGGCUCCACCCAGUCACUACAGUGCCGGAGAGGAGUCCAUGGACUGCACAGCAUCUCCUGCAUCUACAAAGACUGGGCACACAGGCAGCGUAACGGGCAGCCCCAAACCCUUUUCUCCCCAAGCCUCCACGCCCAUCAUCCCAAAGCAGGAGAGAACAUCCACCACUGGGAGCAUCCUCAACCUCAACCUGGAUCGGAGUAAAGCGGAGAUGGACCUGAAGGAGCUCAGUGAGACGGUGCAGCAGCAGUCUGCUUCAGUGGUCCUGACCUCCCCAAAGAAACCAAUCAGGAGCCGCUUUCAGCUCAACCUUGACAAAACCAUCGAGAGCUGCAAGGCCCAGCUUGGCAUUGAUGAGAUUUCUGAAGAUGUGUACAAGGGCGUGGAACCCAGUGACUCAGAGGAUUCCGAGAAAUCAGACUCAAGUGAUAGCGAGUAUGCGAGUGAAGAGGAGCAGAAGCUGAGGAAUGGGCAGGAUGAGGCCGACGACAAAGAAAAGCUUGAGAGGGAAUCAAAAAAGAAGACCAGAACACCCUCUCAAGAAGACAAGGAUGGCAAUGUGGAGGGCACGGUGGGGGCAGCAGCAGCAGAAAAAACGAGUGCAGAAGUACAGUCGAAAGACAAGCUGAGUGCCAGCUCUGACAAAGAGCCCUCUGAAAAGGCCAAAGCCUCCCAGCACUCGGCGAAGGAGAAGCCCAGCUCCAAGGAUGAGGGGACAGCCGCUUCUGCAGACCUGGACAUGGACUCGGACUCAGAGCGGGAGCUGGUCAUCGACCUUCGGGAGGACUCAUCAGGCUGGGACCGCAAGAAGAACAAGAAGGAGCUGCCUGUUGCCACCACACCCAAGGACCCUGGUGUCACCAAGCUAGAAGGUAAAGCCCCUUCGUCCUCCAGUGCAGCAGCUCCACCAGUGAGUGAUGGGUCCACCUCGACCCCCAGCGUCAAAGACCCCCCUCAGUCCUCCAUCACCAUCCCUCUCAAUGUGGUGUCCUUCGCUGCCACCACCACCUCCACUCUCCUGCCUGGUGCGACUACCAGUGCAGCAGCUCCUUCAGUGGCCGUGCCGUCUGCCACCGUGAAGAAGCAGCGCCCCCUGCUGCCUCGGGAGACUGCCCCAGCGGUACAGCGCGCGGUGGUGUGGAACCCAGCCAACAAGUUCCAGACGUCCUCACAGAAAUGGCACAUGCAGAAGGUGCAGCGGCAGCAGCAGAGCCAGCAGCCAGCUGCGCAGACACAGUGCAGCCCCCAGCAGCAAGCGCAGACGCAUACGCAGUCGCAAUCCACAUCCACGUCCUCAUCAUCGCAGCAACCCUCCCCUGGCACACGGUAUCAAACACGGCAGGCGGUGAAAGCAGUGCAACAGAAAGAGGCACCGCAGAGCACGUCAUCUUCGUCAGUCACUCUGGUGACUGCAGCUCCGGCAGUGUCCAUGAUCUCCACCCCUGGGCCGGCUGGAGCCCCCUCUUCUUCCUCCAUGGCCAGUGACUUCCAGAUCACCACAGGCUCAGCAGAUGUAGCAGCAGACAUAGCAAAGUAUACCGGCAAGAUUAUGGAUGCAAUAAAGGGAACAAUGUCUGAGAUUUACAAUGAUCUCUCUAAAAGCACCUCAGGAAACACAAUUGCAGAGAUUCGACGCUUGAGAAUAGAAAUUGAAAAAUUACAGUGGCUACACCAGCAAGAGUUAUCUGAAAUGAAGCACAAUCUUGAGCUCACUAUGGCGGAGAUGAGGCAGAGCUUGGAGCAGGAGAGGGAGCGUCUCAUCGCAGAGGUUAAGAAGCAGAUGGAGCUGGAGAAGCAGCAGGCUGUGGACGAGACCAAGAAGAAGCAGUGGUGUGCCAACUGCAAGAAGGAGGCCAUCUUCUACUGCUGCUGGAACACGAGCUACUGUGACUACCCCUGCCAGCAAGCCCACUGGCCUGAGCACAUGAAGUCCUGCACGCAGUCAGCCACUGCUUCACAACAGGAGUCUGAGACAGAAGCGACUGCGGAUGCUGGGAGCAAGCCCCCCGGUCAGCCCGGCAGCGCCCAGCCUUCCCCAGCUGAGGCUGCUGCGGCCCCUGCAAGCAAAGAUUCUGGUGUGGAGAAAAGCAAGGACAGCACCACCGUCAGUGUGUCCUAACUGCCACAUGGCACAGACUUUUAACCAUGAUGAACCGUGUAUGUAAAAUAUAAGAAUGGGAAGCAUCCUUUCCUGUCUUGCCAGUCUGGGAAUGUAGACUGUAGACGAUCUCUAAAUCUCAGUAUUAAUCACCAGAAAAUCAUCCCGCUCCCAUCCCCCACACUACUUCACCCCCUUCGCUUUUCUUUGCCUCAUCCAACAAGCACGUCCAAAGGUUACGUUGACAGUCACUGAAUAGGUGGACCAGUGGACAAGGCUAUUGAACUUACAAUCAAACUGAAUUCGUCCUGUACACGUUAAACUUGGAUAAGCGAAUCACUGAUUUGUGCAGCCAAAGACCUGUGUUGAUGUUUAUGUCUUCUGUUCCCACUCUGGAGGGGCUAGCGAGUUUGAGAGGUUCUGUUCUCUGUUCUCAAAUUCUCUCGCCCCUCUUGUUCAGCUAGACCCACUUACCUGCAUCAAAGAGGAAAUGGUAUACAAUGGCAUGCAAAAGAGUGUCUUAAAAUGCCUUUCUAUUACAGCAGAGGAGAAGGAUAUGUUGACAUUCAUAGAUCUGUGUGAGCACUAUUGGGCAAAAUCGUUUAAAGAGUUGCACUUAAACCCAAAUAACGGUACUGAUUUAUGCAUCUGAUGAUGCUGAUAAGGGAUUUCUGAAUAACGGAUUUCUAUUUUAAAAAUGUUCUUCUUCUAGAGCUGAGAUUGGUAUAGCUAUCUUCUUAGAGUAAGAAUCCUUUCCCUUUGUUCCAAGGAGGACUGUUUACCUUUUCUGAAUAAAUCAGUGCUUUUGUAUUUUUUUCAUUGUUUUCAAGGAUUUUAGUCCACUCAUCCAUAAAAUGAAAAACAGCCAAAAGCAAUUAACAAUUAAUGGAUAGUUUUUUCAUGUGUUUUGAAAGAUCAGUCCGAAAGCUUCAGAGACGUUUGGCACUCCCAAGUUUACACUGCUGGUUUACAGAGAUGUACAUUUUUCUUUUGAUUCUAGAGAUACAGGGGGUCAGACAAGAAAUGGACUCUGUUUAUAUCGCUAAGACAGCAUAUCUUUUCUGUCCACAGGACUUGCCACAGAUCUUGCCACAGGCCUAGCACAGACAACAGACUAUGUAGAAGAGGCCAUUUUAGACCCAAAAUUAACUUUUUAGUUUUCUAUUUAUUUUAAUUUAUACAGGAAUGUGGUGUCACAGACAAUGCCAUAACUAUAUUAGUGUUUCGACGUUAUGCUAUUCAAAGGUUGAUAAAAUGGGCAGAAGUGUGAAUUAUUAGUCCAGUAUAAAUAACUUAAAAUAACCAAUAUAAUAUAUUGAAACUGUGACUACGUAGUGCCGGAACCUGGGGUCACAUUUCUUUACAUUUAUGUUUGAAAGUGCGUUUUAUAGCCCCCAUAGAACUGGUCGCUCAGACUUCCUGUGUCAAUCUCGUGGACUAGGGCCUCUGCUUAAUUCUGACUGUUAAUGUUAAUGGAGUUUAAAGUAAAGACAAGAUGGUUCAGUCCAGCCAACAGAAGGGGGGGGGGGGGGUGGAGUCCAGAGAAAACAAAGGUGACUGUAUAUAUUUUGAGCCAAUUUGUCUUGCAGAUUUUGUUGUUUACAUAAUGGAAAUGAAGAUCUGGGCCUCUGGAAGAGCCUGUUUGUCUAGAGCUUUAUUCUCACGAAUGUACACAGAACUUUCCUCAUGUUCUCUGGAGGCAAAGAUUGCAUUUGGGACAGCAGAGUAAUGUGGAAUGCUGCUUGUAAAAUAUUGGAGUAAGGGAGCGCUUUAAUAAACACUGUUACAGUAUGACGCUUGAGGAAAAAAUUGCUUUAAAAUAGUUUUUAAUGUGGGUGAUACCGACACCAUUAUUACAAAUCAUACGGGCGAUCAUGCUUUGUAAAAUAACUUGUGUGCUGUACAGUAUUUACAAAGAUACUUUGACUUUUGGAGGGUACAUUUGUUCUUUACUCUUGUUCUCUAUCAGGUUUUAGAAAAUGGCUGUGAAUACAGUAUUGACUGUUCAGCAGUGAAAAAAGGGCGUUUCGCUGCCCUCUGCAGGUCAUGUCAUUUCUUACACUUGUUCUUGAUGAUAUUAAUGCUGUUAAUGCAAUAAAUGCUAUAUAUGUAUUUUUUGGAAUGGAGGAUGAAUUCAAUGGCUGUGAAAAACAUAACGUAUAAAUCAUGUUAUCCAUUCUGGGCACAAUAUUUCAAUUCAACAAUUCAAAAGGUCAAUUUAUCCACAUCUAGCAUUUGAUUUCGGCCCACAGAAGUGAUUAAUCCUUGUGUUGGCGGAUCAGUGCUGAAUGUUCAAAUACAGAAUUGUUAUUCCUGCCAUAACAUAUGUAAGUGAAUGAGUGCCUGGUAAUGGGAAAUGUGUAAGCUAACAUUACGAGCAGAGAUCUAUGUAAAGAUAUAUGUACCUAUAUUAAUGUGAACUUCUGCUCUGGUGGCGAGGAUGGUGAGACCAUGUACUUGUAUAUACAUCCACACAUUACACUACAUUGUAUAGUAUAGAUCUCUUUUUAUUGAGUGGGGAUGUUUGUGGUACUCAUUGCUUUUUAAAAAAAUCUUUUGUAAAUACUGUAAGGUGCUGUUUUUUGAUCUCAUUAAACAUACCGUAUAUUUCACCUUC